AUGAACAACUUGCAAGCCAAUCCAUUUGCCAAUAUCGGCACGUCAAGCUUCAACCUUUCGCAGGUUCCACAGCACAUCUUACAGAAUCUUACGCCUGUGCAGCUACAAAUGAUUCAGCAAAAACAUCAGCAGCUGCUAAUGGAACGGCAAGCGGCAAUGAUGCAACAGCAGCAACGACAGCAGCAGCAGCAACAACGGGAUUGGGCGAGUAAAGGCUCUCAGGAGAAUCAACGCAGGCAGCAACUGCACGAAUUACACCAGCAGCAGCAGCAGCAGCAGCAGCAGCAACAACAACAACAACAACAACAGCAGCAGCAGCAGCAGCAGCAGCAGCAGCAACAACAACAACAACAUCAACAGCAGCAGCAGCAGCUACAACAACAACAACAACAACAACAACAACAACAACAACAACAACAACAACAACAACAACAACAACAACAUUAUCGCAAUGCCCAAAGCACUUCAGCACAGCCAUAUUCGUCCAACAUGGCCCCCAAUAGUGUUCCCGCCCAGCAGCUGAAUCUUGCGCAAAGAGCCCAACUUUUAAAAGCUAAACAACAGCAAAUGAACCCUCAGCAGAUAGUUAACCAGGCAGGGCCUCCAAGCUCCCAAGCACAGACCCUCAAUCUUCCCCCUCAGAUUGCCCAGCUACCGCCACAAGUUCAGCAACGAGUUCUCGCCAACCUGAAACAACAAGCAGUGACCAAAAACAAUUCUGCAGCUAUUGCAGCCAUAACUGCAGCCCAACAGCAACUUUCUUCGAGGGAGACGGUUCAACCCAUUGAAGCGCAAUCUGCUGCUAAGAAUUCACCUCAAAAUGUGGCAGACUUCACUAAUUCUCGCAUUGCUACACCCUCAGCUGUACAUUCGCAGACCCCACUUCCAAAAUAUCAGACGAUUUACCAAGAUCCCCCAGAGAGAGCUCUGAGUCCACUUACCUAUUGGUCCGACCUUGUUAAGGCAGGGAAGGCGGACAUCCAGGAGCCUGAUGCAAAUCUCCUGCUCUACGAACAGGUUUUGAAGAGAGACCGAGAAAAUUCCGAACAAUUAUUCAAGGAGCGCAAUGGUUAUGAGCCGUUCAGUAAAUAUGGCUUCAGUCACAAAGAGUACCUCAUGAGACUGUUGCAGGAUCUCAACUAUAUUAAAGAGCUAAAAGCUGCCAGAAUGAAAUCAAUUACUAACACCACACAAGGGGUAACAUCCAAAAGCAUAUGGGGCGACGGCUAUGCUGGGUAUGGUAAUGGUUUUAGCAAUACAGUUACGAAUGUAUCGACUGGUUUAGUGGGGCCGGAUGGACGAAAAAGAAGCUUCCACAACCUAAAAGAAAUUUAUCAACAGGCCAUGACAGAAACUGAAGAGCAGUUGGUUCCAGUACGAUUAGAGUUUGAUGCUGAGCGCGAUAACUUUUCGUUGCGAGACGUCUUUGUGUGGAACAAGAAUGAAAGCAUACUCAAGAUUGAGGAUAUGGUUAUGGAAAUGCUGCGAGAUUACCGAAUUGUCCAUAACGAUCAAUUUCUCGAAAGUGUUGUGCAAAGCAUAAAGGAACAAAUAAAUGAAUUCCAACCUGACCCCUUCAUUGAGAAUGAGCGCGAUCAAGAAGGAGGUGACGACCUUCGUAUUCGUAUACAGCUGGACGUCGUGGUCGGUCAAAAUCAAUUGAUAGAUGCUUUUGAAUGGGACAUUUCCAAUCCUGAUAAUAACCCAGAGGAAUUUGCAGAAGCACUAAGCAAGGACCUUGAGCUCCCGGGCGAAUUUACUACAGCGAUCGCUCAUUCAAUCCGCGAGCAAGUGCACACUUACCACAAAUCCCUUGCCCUCACUGGUUAUCAGUUCGAUGGCACAGCUGUAGAGGAUGAGGAUAUCCGGAGCAGACUACUUCCUCUAAUAACAAUCGAUGAGGUGUUUAGAAGCUCGACAGAAUCUAAAGUGUACACACCAAGCCUCUUGAAAGUUUCACAUUCUGAGCUCGAACGGUUGGAUAGAGACAAAGAUAGGGACACGCGACGCAAAAGACGGCAGGGUAGGCUAGGAAGACGCGGGGUUGGACCGAAUGCCACAGCUUCCCAGAUUGACAGCGCCUUGCCAGAUCUUUCCGACACUCCCAAAACUUUCCGUAUUCCAUUUCCGUCUUCAGUUCUCCCGGGAGGUAUUGAUUUAGACCAUUCUACAGGCUCAUAUACUUUGGAAACUGCCACUGAAUAUAAGCCUUUGCAGCAUGUCCCGACAUUGACGGAGAUCGUUCCAUCCCAAGCCUACUGUCGCAUCAUAGACCACGAGCCAGGACAGAGCCUUCUGGUGGAAAUUAGACUUCCUGUUAAAAACAACCGUGGCAGAAUCAGCAAUGUUGAAUCAAGUGUGUGA